AUGUUCUCUCCGCCCACCGUCGCCGUCGAAGAAGAAAGACAGACCCACUAUCGUCGCCGCCGCCUUUUCCCCUUCCUCCUCCGAAUGGAAUCUUCAUUUGAACCCUUCCGCCACCGUGGUUGCCGCCGUGUUGCCGUUGUCCGUGUUGCCGCUGUGGAAUCGAACGACCUAUUAUCUCACCGCCGUAUGGACGCCGUGACAUUUCCUAGGAGGUUGUUCACAGAAGGAGAAGAACCGGAUUAUGAUCGCAGUGUUGUCUACUAUAGCAAGAACACUGCGCUGUGGUCUCAAAUGCACACCACACUUGAAGAUGAAUGGGAUGAGCUUGAGAAUUCUAAGCUGGGACCCCUCUUCAGGUUCACGAAGCUCGAGUUUAAUUGGGCAUCGAAGGUGGCACAGACUAUGCUCACUAUGCAAGUAGCAUGCAAGAAGAAGUAUGAGAUAUGGAGUGCCGUGGGUGUACAGCCAGUGCGAUUUUCUCUGAACGAGUUUGAACACAUCACCGGGCUUAACUGCGAGUAUAAAGAAGCGUGA